AACCCUUCCCUUUCGUACCUGUGACGUGAAUGAUAUUGAGUUUGUCAAAGUCAGAAGCGGUAUACCCCACCCGACGAAUCCACUCGUGCAUCUCUGGCAGUGAGGUCGCGUUCAUUUUUCCUCCGGAUUUUCGGAGUGCGUCGAGGACUGCUGCAUUUGUUUGGAGUGUGUUUAGGGCGUUUACCGCGUCGUUGUAGGUUCGUGAAGAUGUGGACAUGUUUCUUGAGCGCAGAAACAGAUGGAUCCGACGUGUGAAGGCGGCGGUGGAUCUGAGCAUACAGGUGCAGCGCGAAGCUGGAUCGAUCCUCUCGAGCGUAGUGGUGCCGUCCAAGCUGUUCGCGGUGUUGCAAUUGAGGUUUUCGUGUACGUCAACGUCAACGUCAAAAGUCAAGGUGUCGAUCACGUGCAGUGACGUUGCGAAUGUCUACGUUACAUCCAUGUCCCACCCAGGCCUCCUCGGAUCCAUCAUGUCCCCACUCCUCGGCCUCCUCCGCACCCUCAUCUCCUCCCCCCGAAUCCGGCACCACGACCCCCUCACCAAAACCUCCCUCGACCUCUGCCACCUCACCCCCCAAAUCAUCGUCAUGUCCAUGCCCGCUCCAUCCUUCCCUCGCACCCUGUACCGAAAUCCAUUGAGAGAGGUGCAGCGCUAUCUUGAGGGGACGUAUGGUGAGAGAUACGCGGUAUGGGAGUUUAGAGCCGAGGGGGCAGAGUACGCGGAUGAGGAUUUCAGGGGGCGGGUGUGGCAUCAUCCGUUUGUCGAUCAUCACCCGCCGCCGUUCUCGCUCUUACCCGCAAUCGUUGAAUCACUCCACACACAUCUCGAUUCAUCGGAGAAAAACGUCGCGGUUCUACACUGCAAAGCUGGAAAAGGCCGCUCGGGGACAGCUGCGUGUGCAUACCUGAUCGCAUACAAAUCCUACACAGCACACGAUGCCAUGGAACUAUUCACAGCGAAACGGAUGAAGCCGGGUUGGGGGAAUGGUGUCAGUAUCCGGAGUCAGAGACGAUAUUUGCAGUAUGUGGAGCAAUGGCAGGGGAAUGGGCGGAAAUAUGUCGACCAGCGGAUACGGUUGAGGAAGGUCAUGGUGUAUGGAGGAGUGAAGGGUCUGAAGGUUUCCGUUGCGGUGUUUGCAGAGGAGGGAAGGGAGAUCAACACCAUACAUACGUUUACACCCCAGGAGACGACAGACACAGCGCCGGCAACAUACAGCUGCGUUCCUAGCACGAAUCUGGUCUGCCCAACAGAUAUCUGCAUCAAGAUCGACCACCACUCGUUCUUUGGGUUGGUGCAGACGACGAUGUCGCAUACAUGGUUCAAUACGUACUUUGAGUCUGUUGCUUUGGAAGGCCAGGAUAAGGAAGGGAGGUAUGAGGUUGAUUGGCUUGAUGUGGAUGGAUGGAAGGGCACGAAGUCGAAGGGGCGAAAGGUUUUUGAGAGGGUCGUUGUUGAGUGGGAGGUUGUGGACGAUAUGGUGGAUGAUGUACCGAGGUGAGGGACGAUACCAAUGAGUGUCAGUCGUGACGGGAUCAGGGACGGGUUUACCCUUUGCGGUGGUUCACGGCGGGGUUUACAAUGAACACCAAUUACAAUUUUAUCGCAUAGGCAGAUGGUGUCCGGCGUUAGGGUUACAUCGAACACCCCAGACUUCUUCUAAUAUUAACCUUCUAAUAUUGACGU